GAGCCGCGAUGCCUUUCUCGCACUCCGGCGUGGACGAGGCCUUCGACUACCUGUUCAAGAUCAUCCUGAUAGGGGACUCCAACGUGGGGAAGACGUGCGUCGUGCACCGCUUCAAGACGGGGCAGUACAACGAGAAGCAGCAGAACACCAUCGGGGUGGACUUCACCGUGCGCUCGCUGGACAUUGAUGGCAAGAAAGUGAAGAUCCAGGUGUGGGACACAGCUGGCCAAGAACGGUUCCGGACAAUAACCCAGUCUUAUUACAGAAGUGCUCACGGUGCCAUUCUUGCCUAUGACCUUACUAGGAGGUCCACAUUUGAAUCCAUUCCUCACUGGAUUCGUGAAAUUGAAAAGUAUGGUGCUGCAAACUUGGUCAUGAUGUUAAUUGGGAACAAAUCAGAUUCACUGGACAAGCGCCAAGUCCUGUUUGAAGAUGCCUGCACACUGGCAGAGAAGUAUGGGCUCUUAGCUGUUUUGGAGACUUCGGCAAAAGAAGCACAAAACAUAGAAGAGGUGUUUCUGUUAAUGGCUAAGGAGCUAAUGGCCCGAAAUACCUUACAGCUUCAUGGAGAGAAUCCCCCAAACAGCAUCUAUCUUGAUUCCAGGCCCGUGAUUGCCAGUCCAAGUGCAGAGAAGACCCAGUGCCUCUGUUGAAGGGAGGUUUCAGGAACAAGAAUUUGGAAGCUAUUUUUCUGAGGCUUUGUGGUUUGGUUUUGUUCAAGUUACAGAAGUUUGCUCUGUCACCUCAAGCCAUCUUUCUGAUACCUCUACCUUGCAGUUUCACCUGUAAGUAUCUCUAGAGAUUAGUGUUGCUGUUGAACAUGGCAGCAGAUACUUUAACAUGGACUUCAGAGCUGAGAGGACUUGGGAAGCUACCAGCCCUUGCCUUAACCAAAGAGGACUGUGAACACAGUGGCCUUAUAUCUUUGAAUGGUUUUCUGGCUGUGCCAGAAGGAAAACUUGCACCAGAACUCUGCAUUGAUUUGAGCUUUCUGAGAUAGUUUAUUGUAGUGCAAGCUCUUUAGUCUUUGCUAGCUUUAAAGUGCCUGACUAUAAACAGCAAUCAGCGCUGCCUAACCUUCCAUUCUGGGGGAGGUCCUGAUGUCAGGGAUGUAACCUACCCAUCCCAAAGAAUUUAAUACCAACACCUGUAAGAGGGUAUGUGAAUUGUCCCCUCUGUGUGUAUUCCCUCACCAGACAGCCUAGAGACAUGCUCAGGGUUCUAUAGCAGGCAGAAUAUGAAAUGCUAGGGUACCAAAACUGCUCUUGUUGCAGUGUGGAGAGUUGUCUUUUUGGUCUCUAAUUGUAAGAAUUGUCUCCAGAACUGAUCUUUCUCUUGCUAUAUAGACAUACUCUUGAGUAGUAAAGCUUCCAAGUUAACAGUAAUGGCCUAAAUUAAUUGUGGGGUGAAAGGACUCUUUUUAAUCAAACCUUGCCCUCUGCUGAUAAGGCUUUUGAUUAAAAUAGUGCAAUAAAAGCUGCAAUGACCAAUGAGAGCUUAAGGAUAUACCUCUAUUUUUAAGAGGGUGUAAAGGGGACUCAAACUUCUCUAAAAUUUAGACAUGGUUAGGAUGGUUUAGUAAUGUACCCUCAUCUUAGAGGAAUAAGGGAACAGUAAGGGAGAGCUUCCCCUAGGUAAAUACACAUGCUAUUGCUUUGGAAACUUAACCUAACUGAGUAUCUUGGUGUUAGUAGGUUUUCAAUGCUCCUCUUAAAACACACACUGCUGUAGAUGAACUCAUUAUCCUUAUGUAUAGGAAUUGCAGAAAGUUUUUUUUUUUUUUUUUUUAAGUUGAUGAAAACAGGGAAGGAGAAAUAUUAUAUAGAAGAAGCUUUUUGACCACAUUCCCCAUGUAGCAGAGUGUAUCACUUAAACUAUGAACAGGAAAUCAUACUCUUUAAUGUGGUUACAUGCAAAGAAGCCCUGAGAAGACUAAUAAGCUGCCUGUUUACAAGCUGACAAUUUACCUGUUUCACAUUCCUCAGACGUGUGUGUGUGUGGGGGGGGGGGAACAUGCAGCAAAACUGUUUGGA